AAAAAUAGAGUGGAAUGCAUGUUAAUCUCCAUAAGAUUAAUGAUGAAAACAUUGGCCUGGAUGCGGCCACACCGUACCGUUGUGCAUUUACAGCCCAUCCAGGCCAAUGUACAAAUGUGAUAUUUUCUACCUUUAAUGGUUAAGCCUACUUCACAGCUCAUCUAAUAUCUAAUAAAUGCUUUAAUGGUAUAGCUUCGAUACAUAUUGCAAUAAAUAUUUCUCUUAAUUGUCAUUCAUAGUAAUUAUUACAGACCAAACCAACCUUAACAGGACAAGCAAGUGCACAUGGGUCCGAAAGACAUGCCCCCAAGACCUAAAUAUCAUAAAGCUUGUCCAUCCAACAUAAAAUUGCAAUAUCAUUACAUGACCGUAUGGAUUAUUUUCUCACUAAAUAUUUGAUGUCAAGUUCUCAUGGCACUCCGCCCCCCCCCCCGCCGGCGCCGCCACCUCCACCAAAUCCUCCGCCAUUACCAAGCCCAUCUCCUAGUCCACCACCACUUCCGAAACCUCCGCCAAAUCCUCCACCAACACCACCACCUCCGCCGCCUCCAAACCCACCUCCACCUCCAUACCCGCCGCCACCGCCGGCACCUCCACCAGCUCCGCCACCAAGCCCAACGCCCGAACCGCCACCACCACCCAAUCCACCUCCACCGCCACCUCCAAGACCACCACCACCUCCACCGCCAAGGCCUCCUCCUGCCCCACCACCUGCUCCUCCACCUACUCCACCACCGCCACCCAAACCACCACCACCGCCAGCUCCUCCACCAGCUCCACCGCCAAGCCCUCCACCAUGGCCUCCUCCAACACCAACACCACCACCCAACCCACCUCCAUGCCCGCCUCCUAAUCCGCCACCACCACCGGCUCCACCACCAAGCCCGCCACCACCACCCAAUCCACCUCCGUGCCCGCCACCCAGUCCACCACCACCGCCAGCUCCUCCACCUGCUCCGCCACCACCACCCAAUCCACCUCCGUGCCCGCCACCCAGUCCACCACCACCGCCAGCUCCUCCACCUGCUCCACCACCUAGCCCGCCACCGCCACCCAAUCCACCUCCAUGGCCCCCUCCUAAUCCACCACCACCGCCCAAUCCACCUCCAUGUCCGCCUCCUAGUCCACCACCACCUCCAGCUCCACCUCCAAGCCCGCCACAGCCACCCCCCCCCCCCCCCCCCCCCCCCCCCACCCCCGCCACCGCCACCCAAUCCACCUCCAUGCCCGCCACCCAGUCCGCCACCACCACCGGCUCCUCCACCAGCCCCACCACCAAGCCCGCCUCCACCGCCCAAUCCACCUCCAUGACCGCCUCCUAG